AAAGUUACGCGAAGUCUACUAUGGAGAAGGUGUAUCAACCAGUAACUGGUUCUCAAAAUAAAGAUCCACCACGUUUUUGGAAAACGAAGCAAACCGAUGAAUAACGACUCGAGAAAUCGCUGCUCGAGAUCGAACUCGUCGAAUGUUUCAUCGGAAAAAAACGAAAUUACUUUCCGAACGAUCGAAUAAUAUUGAACCGGUCGCUCGUACUGUUUCUCAACGUCGUUUCACGGUGAAAUAUUCGGUCCAAUUAUCAUCUCCCGCCGGCAACGUUCGCAAAUCUCUGAUAAACGACGCGACUGACUUGGCGAUAAAAAGAAAAAAGAAAAAAGAAAAAAAGAAAAGAAAAAAAGGGGAGGGGAGAAAAUUUACAGGAACAUUAUCGCGGGAUAUUGCACCGAGAUGUAAUCCCGAUUCUUCGAGAUAUUAUUGCGCGCUAUAAAUCCAAAUGCGGAAGGAGAUUCUUUGCAACAAAAUUUUAUUAUAUCAAGAAACGAUAAACUUAUCGCUAAUUUUUAAAUUUUCUUAUCGAGAUCGUGCUGCUAAAUCGAAGAUAUCCAAAAUAUGAUAACCGUACACGUUGAUGACUCGUCGAAUCGUGUCAGAUAUCAGAGAGUUGAAUUAUAUUAGAAGAUGGAGAGAAACUCGAGUCGAAUAUAAAAUUCGUCUCGAUACCAUUUUUACCAUUUUUCUAAGCGUAAAUUUUUCGUUGUAUGGAUACUGUAGGGAUGGAAUGAAAAAUUCAUUUUUUCAGGGAGGAAGGGGAUAAAUGAAUGGAUGAUGGUUCGCGUUGGACGGUCGAAAAAAAAAAAAAGAAAAAAAAGGCGAAGAAAAAAAAAAUCGAGCGUGGAUGACUUACAAGGAUUAACGCCGGUGCGUGACGCGACGCUGUAUCGGUUUUCUGUCCUUUUCGCGGUGGCCGUGCGCUCUCGUAACGGUGGCGCAUAUUUCAUAACGAGAACAAGCUCGAGGACGUCGACCCGACGUAGAAAAAUAAGAAUGGCGCAGUCAUUAGCGUGAAACAUAGAAGAUCAUUUCCGUCCCGCGUUCGCAAAUGGGAUAUCGUGAUAAUGAGCUCCCCCCCUCUCCCCCUCCCCCACUCCCUUCAAAUAUUUUUAAUUUUAUAAUCACGCCUGAUAUUCUUUCCUCGCGAUCGUGAAAAGAGGAAAAACGAGAGAGAUCGUACGUUUGUACAUUUGUCCUCUCUUUUUCAAUGUAAAAUAUACGUACGAGGAGAAUUAUCACUUUAUUUCCGUGAUUUACAGAAACAUUUGUGUAAAAGAGUGAAAAAAACCUUAUUGUAUUUAUUCUAUCUAAUUAUCUCUACCGUUGCACGAAUAACCACGAUAUCGAUAAAACGUUCAACAUUGGUAAUGCAAAAACGAAUGAAUUUAUGCUAAUCCGACUUUGAAAUGAAUGGAAGAGAUGAGAGAGGAAAUUUUCUUAUCCGAUCGGAAUAUUUUAAUCACUGGCAUACGCGAUAAGAAUAUUACAAUAAUGGAAAUUACUUUGGAUUACUUUCGCGAAAAGAUAUUCUCGUUCCGUGAUAUGAUAAUUGGCGUAAAAUCGCCGAGCGCUCGGCCGAAAUGGUCGUUCGCGACUGAACGUUGAUCCAUCGAGCUCGCGUUUGUCUCUUUCUAAUCGAUUGCUCGCGUCGAUUGGCUCGACGAGCGCUCGCGCCCAACUUCAAGGCGGAUCGAUCCCGUGCGACGCCGCGUGCGAUCGUAUUCUGGAAGAAUGUGUCAAUCGGAUUGGAAAAUCAACGAUUAUUCCCAACGAGUUUCCGUUAUAAACGCGUAUUUCUCGUUGUCUCGAACUUGAAAACGACGCGUGUAAGUAAAGACGAUACGAAUAUAUAGGCUAAUAUCGCCCCGUUGAAUCUUAACCUCUGUGAACAAUUUCACUUCCGUACAAUUUUCCGGGCGAAGAGAAUAAGUUUGAAACUUGGGAAAGAACGUAUUCUCGGUUUAAUAGCCGGUGUCUGCUCGUACUGGAUCAGGCUGGAGUGGUGACUUAAUUAAAGUAAUUACCGAAAGGAUGGACUCGCGGCAACGAUAUCUCGAGGAACAAUUGCAACGAAGGGAAUCGGAAGCCUCGGAAUUGCGCCGGAAUCUUCACGAACUGAGCGGCAAGUUUUUCCAGCUCGAGCGAGCUUUCGAAAUCAACUUGCAAUCGCAGGCUCGCCAGGAAGUUGAGUUCAAUCGUAUGAAAGUUGAAUACGAAGAGCUUCGAAAGCUUAACGUGGAGUCCGCACAAGCGAGAACAAAACUGAACUCGAUAUUAAUGAAUACGACAACCGAGAGAGAUCAUUGGAAAAAUGCUUUCCUGCAGCAAAGAGGAGAUAUUAAAAGGGAGAGAAUCGGAUGGGGCAACGCGAUGGACCUAGUUAAACGGGAAUGCGAGGAUAUUUUGAAACAGACUCGAGAAAGUGCGGAGAAACAAUUUCACGAAAUGGUCGAGUUGUACAAUGAGAGCAGAGAAAAGGUGAGUCUAUUAGAAGGGCAGGUGGGAGAAUACGAGGAUGUGAAAAGGGAGCACGAGAAUCGAAGCCUCGAGUUGGCGAACCUGCUUGAAACUUUAAAACGUUUCGACGUGGAUGUCGGCUCUGUCUGUCAACUUGGGGCGGAAGCUUUGAGGAACUUGACCGAAUCGGGCAACUUAUUCGAGGCAAGCAUGAAGAAUCUCAGGCAUCUCGCGUGGACCGUGAAAGAAAGGAAGGAUGAGCCGCAACUCGUUUUAUUGAGAGAACAGAAUUCCGUUUUGAGAGAGGUUGUGAAGAAUCUUAAGAGGAAGAUGCUGAACCAAACGCACAAUGAAAUCCCGGAAAAAGAAUACGAAGAACGACACGAACGUAUGCUUCUAGAAAAUACAACGCAAAAUAAUAACGACAAGUUAUUAUACGAAUCAGAUUUCGAUAAAAAUAUUGUUCCGGCGGUGGAAAACUCCGUAAUAAACUCACUAAUUCACGAGAAUAAUAACAAUUACACGAAAGAAUGUAAAGGACACGUCGAAAAUGAAAUGCGCGGACUAACUGACGGUUGCAAGAACGAUAAUCGAAAUAAGCGUUUCGAUAUCGAGAGUACAAAGAUCGAUAAAUGUGGACGAAUACUGUGUAUAGAAUCUCAUUCGAAUGGCACGAUAUACGAAGAAUAUGUGAUCAAAUUAUCGAUUAAUCGAGAAAUAAAAAUUAAAUAUCCUAUCGUAUUGAAUAACAACGAGGCGAUGGUUAGGUUAGAAUUUAUGGAUAACGAAAUCGAUUAUGAAAAGGCACCGAUAGACAGAAUGUUGAUAUUAUUUAAAAAUAUACAUGCAGUCGUAAAUGUUAAACAAACCGGUGUACCGUGCAGUACGCAAACAACGAAAAUAAAAACUUCCAACAACUUUACGCAAACUUCAUUUACUGGAAUAAAUUCCUUUUCUCGUUUAAACGCUGGUGUUACGGUGAGUGAAAAAAUUUUUAAAUUUUUACUUUGAAUUAAGUAUCUAAAAAUUAGAUUAUUUACUAAACAAAGAAUAAUACAUUAUAUCUUACAAAAAAGUUAAAAAAAUUUAUAAUUAUAAAAGAGAUAUUUUUUAUACAUGCUAUAAUUUUUUUUAUAAAUACAUUUUAAGAGUAUAUUAUAUUCAUAUCACGAUAAUAAUAGAUACAACUAAUUUCAUUAUAAAUAUGAUUCGUAUUCGAAAAUUACGAAAAUAUUAGUCGCGAAAACUAAAAUAUGAAAUCGUUUAUACUAUAUUUCUUAUACUAUACUAUAUAUUUCGUACAAUACAAUUGCAAAAACGUACAUCGAUUUCAUCAGAAUGAUGUCUGGUAUAAAAUAUCAACUUGAUUCUUUCUAAUUAAAUAUAGAUGCUCAAUAGUGAAAAACGUGCAAUAGAGAGAAGUCUCUGUAAUUUGGAACGAACUGUUAACACUUUAAAACUCAAUGCGUUAAAUCAAGUUGAAACAAUGAUCACUAAGGAUUCACAUUCGUAUAGAAAUGAUGAAAAGUUAAAUCGUAUCAAGAUAUUGACUCAGUAACAUUGUGCACAACAAUUUUUAUCAUUCUUUCAAGUGCAAGAAUUUUUAACAUUACAAAGAUAUUUUUAACUAAAUAACAAUAUCAAACUAGAUUUGUUAUCAUAAAUGUAAUAAUACUUGUUCUAUUCAAUUGUACAUAAAAAAAUACCGCUAGGAAUAAUUGGUAAAGAUGUCCACAAGUUUAGAAAAUGUUAGUCAUUAUUGUUCCUUAAAUCGUUAAAAAUAUUGUAAGUUAUUGAAUCUUACAGUAUAUCUAUACACGCAAAGAUGUACAUUACAUACAUACAUACAUAAUAAAUGUACAUAAUUGUAUAGAUUUAAUUGUAUUUAAAAUCGUAAUAAUUAUCACAUUAUUUUCAUUAAGAAUUAAAUAUUUAUUUCUUUUUGUUAGAAAUAAAGGUGCAUUCUACACUAUAUUCUCGUAUGUGAAUAAAUUUUUUUUCAGAGAAUAUCGAAACAUAUUUAUCCUCCACAUAUUUAUCCUUUUUUUUUUUUUUCUUU